GGGUUUUUAGUCAAUAACAGCCAUGGCGUGCGUGUUGAAGGCAGAGCUGAAGUGUAAAGACGGGAGCAGGCGUGAGUUCACUGUGCAGGCGGAGAGAGACUUAAAGUCCCUGACUGAGGCGGUGAAGACCAUCAGCACAGACCUGUCUGUAGCUCUGACCGCGCUCGUGGAGGAGGAGAGGAGCGCGCACGCAGACAGGGGCGACAGUCGCGCGCACGACGAGGAAGAAGAGGAAGAUGAUGGUGAUAGUGAUGAUGAUGAGUGUGAUAAAGAAGGAGGCGCUGCUACAGAAGCAGCUGCAGUUAAAAAGUUAAACGCCGGACCUCCGUCGAAGCGUCUGAAGAUCGGCACACCUUCCUGAGCAGCAGCGCCGCCUCCUGCGCUCUUCUCUCCCAAAACUCAGGAGGAUCUGACAUGUUGUUCUUCUCUUUUCCAGGACUGAUAAACGAACUCUCAGUGCGGAGACGCUCUGUACAAAUAUACAUAUUACAAACCAGUGGAACACCAAUUCUGUUAUCUGUCACUAAGAAACAUGUUUCUUGUAUAUAAGUUAAAGCAAAAAAAAAAAAAAGAUUUUCGAACAAAAAGCUCUAUUUUCUUAAUUGUAUUUCAUUUCAUUAAAAUUACUCUGCAUUAAAGCUGUUUACAGGCAAUAAAUUGGUCAUGUGACACAAACAUCUGUUCAUGUC